AUGGUCUUUUUGGGGGAUGAUGGAGGAAAUGAGGAGGAUGAGGAACUGCAUCAUCUGUUGUCAGAUGAAGUCAAGAAUGAAGACUUAUUAUCAACAGGCGAUGAUCGGGGUAAUGAGGAGGAUGAGGAACUGCAUCAUGUGUUGUCAGAUGAAGUCAAGAAUGAAGACUUGAGAGGAAACUUCAGGACUCAAGGCAGACCCAAGAGGCAGAAAGGAAGCCACAUUGAUGAGAAGAAGGAUCAACACCUUCCUUUCCAAGCAGGGGAUUUCCAUGAAGCAAUUCACGUGGUGGAGGAAAUGUACAAGUGCUUGGAGUGUGAAAUGAUCUUCUCAGAUGAAGCCCAGUAUAAUGUCCAUUUGCAAAUGCAGAGCGGAAAGAAUUCGCAUCAAGGCCUGGAGUGUGGAAAGAGCUUCCUUUGCAGAGCAGAGCUCCUUAAACAUCAACAGGCACAUGCAGGAGGAAAACAUUAUACUUUCUCAGACAGUGGUGAGAGUUUCUUAGAGAAAUCAGACCUUAUUAAACACCAAAACAUUCAUUCAGAAGAGAAGCCAUUUAUCUGUUCAGAGAGUGGAAUGACAUUGUCUGAUGGAAGACAGGGAAAUCUACAUUUCCCAAAGAACAUUAUAAUGAAGUCAUGUAAAUGCCUUCAGUGUGGAAGGUACUAUAAAUACAGAUCACAGCUCCUUGUGCACCAAAGAUUCCACACAGGGGAGAAACCUUUUGAAUGUUCAGAGUGUGGAAAGAGAUUCACUCAGAGAAGCACUCUUCACAGGCAUUUAAGAAAUCACACAGGGGAGAAACCUUUUGAGUGCUCACAGUGUGGAAAGAGAUACAGUGUGAGUGGUGAUCUCCUACUGCAUCAAAGAACCCACACAGGGGAGAAAGAUUUUGAAUGCUCAGAAUGUGGAAAGCAAUUCAUUUGCAGUGCCCUUCUUCACAAGCAUUUCAGAACUCACACAGGGGAGAAACCUUUUGAGUGCUCACAGUGUGGAAAGAGAUACAGUGUGAGUGGUGAUCUCCUACUGCAUCAAAGAACCCACACAGGGGAGAAAGAUUUUGAAUGCUCAGAAUGUGGAAAGCAAUUCAUUUGCAGUGCCCUUCUUCACAAGCAUUUCAGAACUCACACAGGGGAGAAACCUUUUGAAUGUUUGUACUGUGAAAAGAAAUUCAGUCACAGAAGCCAUCUUCAGAGGCAUUUAAGAACUCACCUGGGACAAAUCUUUUGA